AUGUUGUCCCUACGCCAAACUUUGAGAUUUAUGUCUCCUGCCUCCAGAGCGUUCUCGUCGCAGAGAGUUGCCUUCCAGAAACAAAUUGUAAAGACCGCCACCAAGCUUUCCGAAGUUGACGGCCGCACGACACUGGUGGGUCCUGGUGCCAAAGAGGGCGAAGUGCCCACCGAGUUGGAGCAGGCCACCGGUCUGGCAAGACUUGAACUGCUCGGUAAGCUGGAGGGUAUCGAUGUCUUUGACACCAAGCCUCUAGAUUCCUCGAGAAUCGGCACUAUGGAGAACCCAAUCAUCGUGGACACCUACGACGACUACCGUUACGUUGGGUGCACAGGUUCUCCAGCGGACUCUCACUCCAUCAUGUGGCUGAAGCCUUCUGUCAACAAAGUCGCUAGAUGUUGGGAAUGUGGCUCUGUCUACAAGGUGAACCCAGUGGGCGUUCCUACCGAUGACGACCACCACCACUAA